GAUUUCCUAGUUCAUGCGUCAAACCGGGAGAAUGGAGGUGACGCUCUAUUGCAGAGCCCUUUAAAGUGAAAUUUUACACAAGCCUACGGUAUUUUUUAAGCCGAGAACACUAUGGAGAUGAAUGAAAAGGACAUCGAAGAAGGUGGAGUAGGCGCAAUGUCGAAAACAGAUCUGAGCUGGAUUCCAGAAAUUUUUAAAAAGAGAGUGUGCACAACGUUUGUGGAGGACACUUUCAGCAAUGGCCGUCUAUGUCAGUGUGGGGUUGCGCGGGAUGGCCAUCAGUCAGUGGCCCUGGGUGAUUACUUUAGCACAGCCAUUGUCAGUCUGUGGGACAGUGCACAACACUCCUCAGAAAAGGCCACAGAUGCAUUCGGAGAGCUGGAGUUUGCAGGAGCUGGCAAGAGACACAGCUCUUUUUUGCGUCUUUCCAACAGCACACAUCCUUCUAGAGUCUAUGAAAUGAUGAAGGAACACUGGAAACUGACUCAGCCCAACCUUGUGGUAUCAGUGGUUGGUGGCGAAGGGAGGUCAAAGGUUAAGGGCUGGGUGCGAGAGGUGCUCAGGCAGGGGCUGGUUCAAGCUGCACAGAGUACAGGGGCUUGGAUCAUUACCAGUGGAUUGAGGGAAGGCAUUGGCAGAAUUGUUGGAGAGGCUGUGAAGGAUCAUGCCACUGCAAUUUCCUCUGUGUCUCUGAAUAAAGUGGUUCCUAUAGGCAUUGCUCAAUGGGGCCUGGUACAAAAUCGCCAACAGCUUGUCAACACUGAGGGAAGUUUCCCCGCAAAGUAUUAUGUAUCAAAUACAUCUCGUGACACUUGCAGUUUGGAUAAUAACUACAUGGCCUUCCUCCUGGUGGAUGACGGCAGCGUCGGUCGUAAAGGUGGCGAGGUCAGCUUUAGAGCCAAUCUGGAAUACUACAUUUCCUGUCAGCGUUCAGGCAGUGCAAGCAUUGAUAUCCCUGUUCUGUGUAUGCUAAUAUCUGGAGAAGCGGCUAUGCUAGAGGCAUUAGAUAUUUCGCUGAAGAAUGCAAUGCCAUGGUUGGUCUUGGCCGGUUCGGGGGGUCUUGCCAACCUUGUGAGCGACAUUGUGGAAAAUGUGCAAUCUGCUCCGAAGUCUCCACCUGGGGGAGCAGAGGAGGAUGUGACUCCUAACAUGGAACUUAAAGAACGAAUGGCAGAGAAAGUGAAGAAGCAUUUUCCUUCAGAACAUGAUACAGACAAACUUGUAGACAAGCUGUUUAGCAUCUACCAGAGCAAGGAUCUUAUCUCCAUUUAUCAUGCAGAGCAGGAGGGAGCAGAUGAUUUUGACACUGUUUUACUUAAAACUCUUGUUCAAGCAAGUAAACAUCGUGUCUCAGGGACAACUAAUCCUUAUGCUGAUGAGUUGAAGCUGGCUGUAACUUGGAACAGAGUGGAUAUUGCCAAGAGUGAACUCUUCAAAGGAAACAUCCUGUGGAAGUAUGAUGACCUAGAGGACUCCAUAACUGAUGCACUGAAAAACAAUAAACCACAGUUUCUACGUCUCUUUAUUGAUAAUGGUCUGAAUAUUUUGGAAUACCUAACUUACGGCAGAUUGGAGGACCUGUACAACUCCAUCUCUGAAAACUGUCUGGUCAACUCACAGCUUCAGAAUCUCCUAGGAGUCCGUCUGAAUGAGGCCAGCCCUAAUCAACCAUGCAAAAUCAGUCUUUAUGAGGUGUCUCAGCUGCUGGAGAAUCUGUUGGGGGAGGUUUGCUUGCCCUUCUAUACAUCAGUACUUUAUCUGGACACACAAUGUUCCAAAAGAAAUUUCAAGAAAAUAUGCAAGUUCUUGCAGGGGUCUUGCAAUUAUCGAUUGAUGUUGUGCAGGCACCCCUGGUUAUGUUUGUUUAUUUGGGCAGUGCUGCAAAACCGCAGUGAGAUGGCUAUCUUUUUCUGGGAAAUGUGUGGAGAGUCAGUUCUGACUGCAUUGGGAGGUUGCAAACUCUUGAGAGAGCUGUCUAAAUUGGAGAAUGAGACAGAGGCCAAGCUUUCCAUUAAGGAUUUGGCACUGAAGUUUGAGAAUAUGGCUCAUGGUGUGUUUAGCAUAUGUUAUCAAACCAAAGCAAGCAAUUCCUUUAAGCUUUUGAUCCGGAAGUCUCAUCUGUGGGGUGAUGCCACCUGUCUGAAAAUGGCCAUGGCGGCUGAUGCCCGACUUUUCUUCAGCCAUGAUGGAGUGCAGUCCCUGCUAUCUCAGAUCUGGUGGGGUGACAUGGAUAGAGGCACUGCGGCAUGGAAAGUCAUCCUGACUAUGGUCUUUCCUAUGCUAUGCUGCACAAACCUCAUCGAAUUCAGGAAUGUGGAGAAUGUAGAAGAGAAGAAAUCAUCACUGGUUGCACAUCCAGCUUCUGAAGCAGAUUGCCACUAUGGAGAGACUGUCUUUUCUUUCGCCGAAUUAAAACAACAUGAUGCUGAGCAAGAGGACUUAAAUAAUAUCAGACAUCCAACAAAAGGUACACCUGUUGUCACUAUGAACACCAAGAAGCAACCCUUUGUGAUUACGCGCUGGAAGCAGUUCUGGUACGCCCCUGUCACCUCCUUUGUUGGCAAUGUUCUGAUGUACUUCCUCUUCCUGUUCCUGUACGCCUAUGUGAUGUUGGUUGACUUCAAGCCUCCUCCCCCUGAUGGCCCUGCGAUUUCAGAGUAUGUGCUGUAUUUCUGGGUGUUCACUAUCGUGUGUGAGGAGAUUCGAGAGUCGCUCAUUGUUGGAAGCAAGACAGUUAGACAGAGGGUGAUGCUGUAUAUUCAGGAUGUGUGGAAUAAGUUUGAUGUCCUUGCCAUCUCCCUCUUUAUUGCUGGUUUGUGCUGCAGGAUGUCUAAUUGGUCAAUUAACAUAGGACGUGACAUAUUGUGUGUGGACUACAUGGUGUUCACGCUCAGACUCAUCCACAUUUUCACCAUUCACAGACAGCUCGGGCCCAAAAUCAUCAUACUGGGCAAAAUGAUAAAGGAUGCAUUCUUCUUCUUAUUCUUUCUGGGAGUGUGGCUGAGUGCAUAUGGAGUGGCCAAUCAAGCUCUACUCUAUUCAUUUGACCCAAAUCCUGAUAGGGUAUUCCGAAGAGUAUUGUACAGACCAUAUUUGCAUAUAUUUGGACAGAUUCCUGUGGAGGAGAUAGACACUGGCAAGUCUUGGGACAGAGACUGCACUGAUAACCUGACAUUGAUCAGUGGAGGGGAAGAGCCAUGUCGAGAUACCAGCCACAACUGGCUUGUGGUUAUUUUACUGGUUGUCUUUCUACUUGUUACCAACAUCCUACUUGUCAAUCUACUCAUCGCCACAUUUAGCUAUACCUUCUCUAAGGUUCAGGAGCGAAGUGACAUAUACUGGAAGUUUCAGCGUUAUAAUCUUAUAGUGCAGUAUCAUUCUCGUCCAACUCUUGCUCCACCCUUUAUCAUCCUGUCCCACAUCAAUAUAUUCAUCAAGAGACACCUCCGCAAAGUGCCUUCUAUCAAAAUCCACCAUUUUGCUCUGGACAUAAUCGGUAAAGCUGCUAGCAAGUUGGUCAAAUGGGAAACUAUGCAGAAGGAGAACUUCCUGUCUGCUGAGAGUAAAAAACUAAGAGGGACCGACACUGAAAGACUGAAGCACUUGAAUACUAAAGUGGAUGGUGUUCUUAAACACGUUACAGAGAUCAGAGAUGUUGAUCGUAGAUUAAGAGUACUAGAAACCGAGAUGGAGUUUUGUACAUCAUCUCUUCAAUGGAUUAUGGAAGCUCUAUCUCAAAGCAAUUUGGUAAAGACUGGCAAAGUCCACCCUACUCGCAAAGCCGUUAUUUCAGCCCCUCUUGAGAAAUGAACGGAAUUUUGAUUUCCUGGCUUCGGACACAUAAUUCAACAAAACCAAUGACUUGUUUGCUUGUAUUUUUCUGUUUUCUGUUUUUAAAUAAAUCUUCAUGGGUUUUUCACGGUUCAUGAACUUA